UGUCGCAAAACCAGACGACACUUUAGAAUACUGAAUCACUAAAUCAAUCAAUCAAUAUAUUAAUCAAUCAGCAGUCUUAUAACUUUAGAAUAAGCAACAACAACAAAAAAAAACUAAUAAUAAAUAUCGAAGAGAAUUUUUCAUGAGUGGAAAAUAUUUUGUUUCAAUGACAGCAAAAACAAAAACAAAAACAAAAACAAAUAGCAUGAGCAACAGAAGAGAAUUGCAUUCUGGGAUUGACCUGUUCAUUCAGCGAGUGAUAUAGUGUUUCUAACUCAUUACGUACGUUCACUGAUACGUACGUGCAGGAAAUCGUUUCUUCGGUGUAACAUUUUAGACACAAAUUUAAGUUUUUCAAAGAAACAUAUUCACACAAACCCACACACAUAUACAGUCAUACACAGCACACACUUUUUUUGUUUAUUCUCACACGUACAUGCACACACAGUUGUUUGUAAACACACACAUAUACAUAUAUUUUUACAAGAGCAACAUAAGCGUGUGUAAACACACAUUUGUGCAGUAGUAUAUAUAUACAUGUGUGUGCAUAAUUUAUAGGCAUGUGUACAUGUAAAUAUAAUUAUAAAUUCGCAUAUAAAGACUAUGAAUCAUACUACAAAUGAUUGCUGUAUAGAUGCAUGAAUAUUAUUUACCUUCAAUUCAAGUUAAUACACUUUUGUUGUCAGUAAAUACAAAACAGUCAUAGCGAAACUUAGUAAGAGGAAGACAAAGCAAGGAAUAUAACCAUUUUGUGCAUACAUACAUACAUACAUACAUACAUACAUACAUACAUACAUACAAACGAACAAAUAUACAUUUAUUAAUAUUUCACGAGUCAGUCUCUUCAUCCCGAACGAAACAUGAGUUACGCCAAAUUCCGGGAAAAUGGAGAGUUCUCAGAUAUUACCAUCUGGGUUGGUAACACAGAAUUUAAACUUCACAGAUUUCCUUUGCUAACCAAGUCCGAUUACAUUUGCAAGCGUGUGAGAGAAUUGUCUGAAGGAAUUAUUGGAAACGUUCUAAGUUUAGAACUGAAAGACUUCCCGGGUGGUUCAGAUGUAUUUGGUCUUAUUGCAGAUUUUUGUUAUGGAAUCAAUAUAAGUUUGAUCGUCGAUAAUGUGGUUGAACUUCGACUGGCAGCAGCUUACUUGGAGAUGAUGGGUACAGAUAAUUUAAUCGAAAUGACUGAAAAAUUUAUUGAAAAUAUGGUAAUGUCUUCAAAGAUUAGUCGGUCUGCUGACACUAUCAUUAAGCUUUUGCAGAACUGUUGCAACGUCAGGGAAAUGGCCGAAGAAAUAGGUUUGGUUGAUAAAUGCACGGAUGCACUGGCGAGAUGUUGGUCUACACCUCCGACAAGGUUCAGCAACCCCAAUCGGAAGAAACUGAUCGAUGUAUAUGACAGUGGCGUUGUUGAACAGUUGUAUGAAUUACCCAUAGCUUGGAUAAUUAAAGUUAUAGCAUGUGCCAAAGAGAAAGGGGUCCAAAAAAACUGCUUGUCUGAGCUGAUACUGUCACUGAUGCGCCUUGGAAUGGAGAACAGCUUUGUUGAAAAGGGAGAUUUCGAGAAUUUGAAGAAAAAUGACGAUCAAUCAGGAAAACCACACAUAGUUCGUGACUGCGAUUUAAUUAGAGACACUAAAUAUGUUAAUUCCGAAGAAAACGAACCUGGACGUAUCAAGCGUAGUACUAUUGUGAUGGCUACCAUGUUGGAAGAACUACCCCCAGAAACAUUUGAAAAUGAUUUCUUUUCUGUAGAUAAUAUUCUAACAAUUUUGCCUGAAAUAAUUUCCUGUGAACCCCAGCAAAGACAAGCAGUUUUGAAAAAAGUGAUUAGUCCACUUUUUAAUCGGUUAUCCUCAGGCGAAAUAUCCCUCAUAAAUCCAGAUGUAAUGUAUGGAAUUGUUACAAGUUCCUUUGCAGCAGAUCCGUCGAUGGUGAAUGAACUUUGCAAAAUUAUCAAUGUUUAUGUGAUCGAAAGAUCACAAAGGAAUAGUCUGAAGAAAGAAACAUUUAAGAUGUUGCUCACUUCCAUUCCGCUUGUUCAUCAACCCAACUCCGAUAAGAUUCUAGAGGUCUUGGAAUGUCUGAUCGAUUCAGAACAAGGGAUGCCUAAAGAGGAACGCACGUCGCUUAUCAAAUCAGUGGACUGGAGUGCCUUCAGUGAAGAAGCAUUAGAAAAAUCUUUGGACAAAAGCAUCAUUCCCUCAAAAUACAUUGCUAGAGCUGCAGUUAACCUAUGUAAAAGACUUCGGCAGACUUUUGAACACCUUGAGAAAAGCAGAAAGGCUGAAAACGACAGAGUUCUGGUAACCAGCGCAAAUGGUUCGUUUAUUGCCGGGGAUUAUUUAAGGGUCCAGUCAUCAGAUCGAACACGUGAAGAAGAACUUCAAGCUGAAGCAAAUGAUUCAGAAGAAGAACUUUCGAAUGUCAAUCACAUGAAUACAAAUCUAAUUUUGAGUACUGAUCCCUUGGAAACAACCGGAUCUCAUGUUUUGCCCAGCAACUACACGUUUCGAGCUCUUAAUUUCGACGAGUCCAGCUUAGAUGAGGAUUUCAGUGUCAAAUAUGAUGAUCUGAAUAUCAGGGACCUUGACCACAGACUGAAGAUACAAGCUCCAACCUCAAACUAUAGUUUCAAACCAUACAACUAUUAUGUUAAACCGUACUGAUUAAUAAUGUCCUCUGUUUGAAAAUGUUCGACACAUAUUCGAUUUUUGAAUAAAUACGCGCUAUAAUUAAAAUGAAAAGAUUAUUUCUGUAUCACCAACGUCAAGGUUAAAUUCGUAGAUAUUUGCAGUAAUUUCUUACAGUAAAUAAUAAAAGAAAACAUAUUGAAAUAA